AUGGGUGGGAGAAACAGUUCAUGGUUCUUCCUCUCUGUCCUCUUUCUCAGUUUCUUUCUUAGCAACUGUCUCUCUAUAGGAUCAGGCACCCUCUCUGUUGGUGAAUAUAUUUCUGGAGAUGAAACCAUAGUAUCUGAAGGAGAUGGGAAGUUCGAAUUGGGUUUCUUCACGUCAGGUAAUAACUCUAACAACUACUACAUUGGUAUCUGGUUCAAAAAGAUAUCAGAGAAGACCAUCGUUUGGGUGGCAAACAGAGACAAACCCAUCUCUGAUAAGAAUUCCUCUCAACUGAAGCUCUUAGAGGAUGGGAAUCUAGUCAUCAUUGAGUCGUCAAAAACCAUUAUCUGGUCGACAAAUUCAACCUCCACAUCCUUGAAUUCUACUGAGGUAGCACUUCUUGACUCCGGAAAUCUUGUUUUGAGAAAUGUCUCUAAUUCCUCUGUUUUAAUCUGGGAGAGUUUUGAUUACCCAACAAACACUUGGUUGUCGGGUGGAAAGCUGGGGUGGAACAAACUCACCAAUAAGUCACAGUCCCUCAUAUCCUGGAAGAAUUCAGAGGAUCCUGCCCCGGGUCUUUUCUCUCUCGAACUAGACCCUGCUGGAAGCCUUGAGUGUUUCAUAAUGUGGAAUAGGUCUGUUAAGUACUGGUCGAGUGGGACUUGGAAUGGUCAUAUUUUCAGCUUAGUUCCUGAAAUGAGAAAUAGCUCUAUGUACAAUUUCACUUACUCCUAUGUUUCAAACCAGAAGGAGAACUAUUUCACUUAUUAUUUCCGUAACUCCUCCCUAAUCUCUAGGCUUGUUAUUGAUGUGGGGGGCCAGAUUAAGGAACUUACUUGGCUGGAUGGUUUCGGUUGGUAUUCCUUUUGGGCUAAACCGAUACAAAACUGUGAGGUUUUUGCUCUUUGCGGGGCUUUCGCUUCCUGCAAUCAGCAAACUUCGACUUUCUGUAGGUGUUUGCCAGGUUUCAGUCCACGUUACGCAACAGACUACUUAAAUCUAAGUGAUUGGUCUGGUGGGUGCGUGAGGAAUACCCCACUGCAGUGCGUAAAUAAUGGUUCUGUGAAAGGGGAGAAAGAUAAGUUGUUAGAACUGUCCAAUAUGAGAUUGCCCAUAAAUCCGCAAUCUUUGGCAGUUGGGAGUUCCCAAGCCUGUGAAUUGGCUUGCUUGAAUGACUGCUUUUGUAAUGCUUAUGUGUAUAAUGGUAGCUGCUCCGUAUGGGAAGGAGAUCUCUUGAAUCUGAAACAGCUCUCAGCCGGUGAGACUGGUGGACGAGACCUAUAUCUCAAACUUGCUGCCUCUGAACUCAAGAAUUCUACUUCUGGAAGUAACAAGAAGGGAUCGGCUACUGGUGCUAUUGUGGGCGCUGUUUCAGGGGUUGUAUCCCUCUUGGGUCUUCUGGUGGUUCUAAUAUGGACUAGGAAUUCAGUCAAAUCCUCAAAAGCAAUUGAGGGUUAUUUGGUUCCAAUCUCAUAUAGAGAUUUAAAAAUUGCAACCAAGAACUUCUCCGAAAAGUUGGGGGGAGGAGGAUUUGGUUCUGUUUAUAAAGGGAUUUUACCCGACUCAACUGUUGUAGCUGUGAAGAAGCUUGAAGGUCUCAGUCAAGGGGAGAAGCAGUUCCGAACUGAAGUAAGCACGAUUGGAAUGAUUCAACAUAUUAAUCUUGUUCGCCUCCGUGGCUUUUGCUCUGAAGGUACUAAAAGGUUGCUGGUCUAUGAUUUUAUUCCAAAGGGCUCUUUAAAUUCGCUUCUGUUUCAUGAAAACAUGAACUCAAAGGUUUUAGAUUGGAAAACGAGAUUCCAUAUUGCACUUGGAACAGCUAGAGGAUUGGCUUAUCUACAUGAGAAGUGCAGAGAAUGCAUCAUACACUGUGACAUCAAACCCGAGAACAUUCUUUUAGACGCUGAAUUUUGUCCCAGGGUAGCUGACUUUGGCCUGGCAAAGCUUGUUGGUCGGGAUUUUAGUCGAGUUCUGACGAGCAUAAGAGGGACCAUAGGAUACCUUGCACCAGAGUGGAUUUCGGGUGUGGCCAUCACUGCGAAGGCUGAUGUUUACAGCUACGGGAUGAUGCUUUUUGAGCUUAUAUCGGGGAGGAGAAACUCGGAUCACUUUGAUGGAAUGAAGGUUGGGUUCUUUCCUAUUUUGGCAGUAAGUAAAAUCAAUGAAGAAGGAGAAAUCCUCGGCCUUUUGGACUAUAGGCUAGAAGGUAAUGCUGAUCUUGCAGAACUCGACAGAGCUUGUAAAGUUGCUUCUUGGUGCAUUCAAGAUAACGAAGUUCAUAGACCAUCAAUGGGUCUGGUGGUUCAGAUACUAGAAGGGAUAGUGGAGGUUAGCACACCACCCGUUCCUAGAACUCUUCAAUCUCUUGUGGAGAACGAUGAACACAGUUUGCUUCACUGA